CGCAUAGCCUGCAGUGCUGAGCAUCUCCGGUGGUUAAGAAUUGAUCAAGCUCCUGGGUCAAAGAAUUAUAAUCUCCAGUCUUAUUGAGACGGCGAUCAUUGAUUCACUCGUGCCAAUACGGAUUCCAAAAUCAGACAUCGAAAUGUUUGAUAUAGCUGUCCAGCCUCCAACACAAGCUCGACCAGGCGUAAUUCUUUUUCCUCCAGUGGUUGCUCGAGUGCACAGCGAUCCUUACAGGUACGGCGAGCUUUCUCAGAUCUGGGCUGUCGCAACUCUUGUGUACCGUAAUGGUGAGGUCGCCAGCGAACAGCUUGGAGGACAGACCGCGGACUCGGCACAUCCCAUGCCUCAAAGUCUUUGGGAUAAUGGCAAUGGUAAUGGGUCGAGUUCUCAGGGUUGCGGGGCCAACAGAGACCAAGGCUACUUCUAUUUUCCAGACUUGGUGAUUUACCAACCUGGCAGAUAUCGAAUUAGGAUAUCAUUGAUGCGGAUGGCCUACACUUCCGAGUCUCCAGAAGGCAUUGCAUGUGUUGAAGAGAAUGUCGACAGCCACUCCAUAGUUGUCGAGGGGAGCGCGCCACGUCAUGCCAGGCCAAGCACACGAGAACGCGCGAUCCUGCAAAUCCUGAAGAAUGAUGGGCAGAACAUUCCAUCACCACCAUCCUAGACCCCGGCGAUCCGAGAGGUCCUUCCCAUAUGGACUCCCAUAUGCAGAAUAACAAAGGGCUGGUGGAGAAGUGUGCACUUAAGGGCAUGAAAAAAUGAAUUUGAACGACGACUUCCAAGGAGCUGGGACGAUAGACCUUCUUAGUGCAAAAAGGUGCUCUUUCAGAUUGAAAAGACUAUGACAAUACCAUUCUAUGCCAAGGGCAUAAAAACCUGUGGAAUCGAGGGGAAUUGAAGGGAAUGCUGGCCGACAAUCAUAUA